AUGGAUUGGGACGCUUCCGGAGAGUUUAUGGUAACGUCAUCACUCGAUAGAACCGUUUAUUUAUAUUCGGUUAACAAAGCUGGGCUGACUAAUGUGCUGCAAAGCAAGAAGCAUGGGGUUUCUGCUGUUAGAUUUACCCAUGAAGGGCCGCGGCAGAUAGUAUGCAGUUCUUCCAGGGAUACACCUACGGCUUCAGUCAAAUUAUGGGAUACAGUGGAAAACCGUUAUAUUAAGAGCUUCUCACUGGCUUCACCAGUUCGUCGAGGCCGCGCCAUAUCGCCACAUCCAUCCCGUGAUUUGAUGUUAAUCAGUACGUGGGACACCUGUUUGUUAUAUACAUACGACAAUUCGUCACCUCUGGUAAGUGCAUCAUACAAUGGUGCAAGCAUGAUUGGAGCGUUUGACUCUUUAGGAUUGAUUUUUGCUAUUUGCGAUUCAACUCACAGCAGAAAGUCUCUCUCCCUGUAUGACAUGUCUAAAUACCAGGCACCAUUUGCUACCUUCGACCUCGGGAAAAUACUCCUUAAGUCGGAGGAGGUUGUGAGCGUUGACUUCAAUCCAAAUGGCCGCUCCUUGGUUUUGGGGACAAACUAUACGAGGCUGUUAUGUGUCAAUGCUGUUACCGGAUCGGCUGCCUUUGCGUGUUGCUACAGCGAUGAGCCUGCCAUCAUCAAAGAGCAGAAGGUCUUCUGUUAUCCUUCUAUUUCCUCAGACGGCAAGUAUUUACUAUGCGGAUGCACUAAUGGGAGCAUCUCGAUCUGGAACUUCAAAGGGCAAUCUGUGUGCAGUUUAGUGGGCCAUGAAGGGCCCCCGUAUUUCGCCUGCUUCAAUCCGCGGAAGGCUAUGAUCUCGUCGGCGUGUGUAAAAGUAGCGUGGUGGCAGCCUGCUCUCGUUAACUCUGACGAAACAUUAUAA